AUGCAGUUCAUCUACAUUACACUGCUGUUGUUGGCCAGCAUUGCGGCACCUACUGUGUGCACCACUUACCUUCCUCUAAAACGGGUCAUUCCACUUAACCACCGCGUUAAGAUUGACACAUUGAUAGCUCGCGACAGCAUUCGCCACUCAAGAAUCUUGGGUGGUGUUGGCGUCAACUUCUCAGUCCAAGGGAUCGCUGAUCCAAACUCCUUUGGUCUCUAUACCACAAAAGUAAAGCUUGGAUCUCCACCAAGGGAGUUUACUGUUCAGAUUGAUUCCGGAAGUGACGUCUUAUGGGUUAACUGUAAUCCUUGUACCGGUUGCCCUCAUUCCAGUGGACUUGGGAUUGAGCCUAAUUUUUUUGACACAACUAGUUCAUCCACGGCUGCACUAGUAAAUUGCUCGGACCCAAUAUGCCCUAUCGCGGUUCAAGGUGCGGAAGUUCAUUGCUCUCAUAAGGUUAAGCAUAAGCAGUGCAGCUACAAUUUUCAGUUUCAAGAUAAGAGUACUACCUCCGGUGUCUAUGUCUCUGAUGACAUGUAUUUUGACACGAUCAAGCAGUCUUCUUCGACUAGUGUUAACUCUUCAGCCACCAUUCUUUUUGGGUGUAGCACCUAUCGAUUUGGAGGUUUGAGUGAGACGGUCAGAGCAUUUGAUGGAAUAUUUGGGUUUGGCCCUAGUGAUGUAUCAGUUGUCUCACAAUUGUCAUCACAAGGAAAAACACCCAAAGUUUUCUCUCACUGUUUGAAAGGAGAUGGAAAUGGAGGAGGAAUUCUAGUUAUUGGUGAAAUUUUGGAGCACAAUAUUGUUUAUAGUCCAAUGGUCCCAUCCCAGGUUCAUUAUGUCUUAAAUCUCGAAAGCAUUUCUGUCAAUGGGAAUCUUCUGUCAAUUAAUCCAGCCGUAUUCGCAACAUCAUACGACCAAGGAAUUGCAGUUGACAGUGGGACAACACUGGCAUAUCUUAUUCAAGAAGCCUAUGAUCCACUUGUUAAUGCCGUAAGAUUUCUUGUACCACACUCAAAAGAUUGCAAUAGACAACUUUGUUGGACAUAUUAUUCUCUUUUGCCUAUUCUAUGACGAGGAAUCAUCAUUGCAAAAAAAUAAUGUGGAUAUGUUCUUACUCUUUGGUUUGCUUGUCUCAUGUUUUGUCUAUUUCCUAAAAUCACUUGACAUUUUUCCAUU